AUGCAAGUUGUAGAUACCAACAUACCCGCCAACCGCAGGCAACCAGUCCGUCUAGAUGGCCAAGAUGGCCCCUGGAGCGUCAGCGUCGCAGAAACACCCCACGAUUCCCGCUCCUACAGUCUUUACAUAAAGACGCCGACGCACAACCUCACGCUCACCCGCACUGCCAUCGAGAUUCUUGAGCUGGACCGAAAACUCCGCGACUCCCAUCCUGCCUCCAAGAUCCCAGUCCUGCCCAUCGACGCCGCAUCGCUCCCCAUCCCUCCCAAACGCAAGUCAAACUUUUUGAACACUCUUUCUCGUCUUGCGUCCCCGACCUCGAACAAGAAUGCCAAAUCGGCAGCUCGUCGAGGUGAAAACGCGACGACGGCGACUGCGGUUGUCGCGUCCACACUCCCCACCCCGCCUCUAACCAGCCCCGCAAGCGAGAGCAACGAUCCCUUCACUCAGGUCGAGAACCCCAGCGAGCCAAGCCCAUCAGCUGCCUCCCCCUCGGCUACCAGCACCGCGAUCGCAGCCUAUCUCACCACCAUCUCCAACGCUCCAGAGUUGCGCAAGGAUCGUGUGUGGAAGCGUUUUGUUCGGGUCCGGACGGAUGAUCUAGAGAGUGUCCGUGUUGAAAGGGCCAUUAAACGUGUUCGCUCUGAUCUAGCGGCACAUGUCGGUGGUCUUGCCAAUAACCGUGCUAGUCUCAUUGGGAGUGUGCACGCCGAGCAUGACAAAGAAAACGCUGAUCGAGCAGAGGCUUCGCUGCCCACUCCUGAGGAUGACGCUGUGGAUUCAGCUGCGCCAUCCGGAGGCAAUCAGGGUGGUGCUGGGCAAGACCAGAAGGAGGGGGACGAUGCUCCAGAAGCCCAUGCCCGAGAGGCUACUGCUACUCCUGCUGAUGCUCAGGCGGACAACCCUGCAGGAGCGUCAGAUGCCGCGCCCGUUCAGGGUGAUCAGGCGACCUCGUCUGAUGAUCAAAAGCACCUUGUCGAUGGAGAGGGCCGACCCGCCACCGGAACAGAUGAGUCUACCGCUGCUGCACAAGGGCACACUGCCGAUGUCGACCAAACUCAAGCUGCUGCUCCUUCCUCUUCGUCUGCUGCGACAUCUUCCACUUCUGCAGCUGCUGCAGCUUCCCGUCUCCACCGUUCCCAGUCGUGCGAGCCUGACAAGUCUCACAAGAUGGCUAGGGCCUACGCACAGUCCACGACCCCGAGCCAGGACGGCCUCGAUGGUGGGAUGUCAUCACAGAUCGAGACCGGCGACGAAUCGUCCUUCUCCGCAGCCGUCACCCGCAAACGCAAGAAGAAGAAGAAGUCGUCAAAGAAAGUUACCAUAGAAGACUUUGAGAUGAUUCGUGUGCUUGGGAAGGGUUGUGCUGGUAAAGUGUUGCUUGUUCGACACAAGACUGGCUCGGGCCUGUUCGCUCUCAAGGCUAUCACGAAACGACACGUUUUGGCGCAUCAAGAGCUGCAGCAUACGUUGACGGAACAGGCUGUUCUAAAACGGAUGGCCGCGGAGUCGAAAGAUCCCUUUGUCGUCAAGCUGUGGUGGAGUUUCCAUGAUAAAGAGAACCUCUUCUUGGUUAUGGACUUCCACCCCGGAGGUGAUCUUGCGACCCAACUGGCUCGUUGGGGCCGACUCAGCAGGGACCGAACCCGUUUCUACGCCGCUGAAAUCGUCGAAGGUGUCGAAGGCCUCCACGCCGCCGGUGUCAUCUACCGCGACCUCAAGCCCGAAAACAUCCUCAUCGCCGCGGACGGGCACAUCGUUCUCACUGAUUUCGGUCUCUCCAAGGAGUUCUCCCGUCCCCACUUGUCCGCUGCUUCUUCAGCUCCGAUGACUCCGAGUGGAAGUCGUUCGAGCGAUUUCUAUUCGAGUGCGCCCGGGACCCCACAUAGUGUGAUGCCUCCGUGGAUGAAGCCUGAUAAGAAUGGCGAAAUGAUGUACGGGUGGCCAGGUCAGCCGAUUGGGAAUCCGGAUGUGACCACUACGUUCUGUGGGACGGCCGAGUACCUUGCGCCUGAGGUUAUCCAAGGCUUGCCGUAUUCGUACGAGGUGGAUUGGUGGAGUUUUGGAACCAUGUUGUAUGAGAUGUUGACUGGCAUGACUCCAUUCUAUGCCAACAACCAUUCCGACAUGUAUGUGAGGGUGUUGCAGGACGAGUUGACAUUCCCGGAUGAGAGGGUUAUGGAUCAGGAUACCAAGAGCUUGAUUCGUGGUCUCUUGCAAAAGAAUCCCGACCUCCGAAUUCGUGAACCUAGGAUCAAGAAACACCCCUAUUUCUCCAUGAUCGACUGGUGUCACGUCUACUACAAGCGGUACAUUCCUCCAUAUGUCCCUCCUGUCGACCGCACGGUUGCAUACGACACCCAAAACUUCGAUGAAACCUUCCUCGACAUGGAACCUGUUUUGGACGAAUACGUCGACGAGACUGGCCAAGCCACCGACACUGAUGCCGAGCCUCAGACCGAUACCGACCGGACUGACGGUGAUACCAACACCACGCCUUCUCAAUCGCGCAGUUCUUCCGUCCGUCCUGCUUCUCGAACGGCAAACGAGGAAGAAGACGACAGUGUGGACGUGUUCGAUGGGUACUCGUUCAAGGGUCGACACUCGAUACUUAUGGACGAUGACGACGAGGACGGUGACGAGGUUGACAGUGAAGAGGGUGAGGAUGACGAGAGUAUGGAUCAGGAUGGCAGCUCUUCGAUGAUGACUGGGGAGACCAAGUCGGAGGGCGAUACGAUUGAUGAGGAUGAGGUUCGUCAGCAACAACGUGAGGAGGAUGGUGCUACUUCAGAGUUGGAGCCCAAGACGCCUGAAGCAAGGCCUUCGGCUUUGCCUCCUGUCGACGACGCCGCACCACCAAAACCAGCGCAGCCUCAACCACCACAGCAAAGUCCACCGCCACCAACUCCGCCCGCCAAAACACGCGAACCUUCAAAGGUACACGAGCCUGUCGUCCCCAAGGAUUCGUUGCCGAGCGCUUCCGAGGAAGAGCUGUUGGCCAAUGCCAGUGUCGCUGUCGAGCUCGAAGAGCAACUCGAGUACCAGGCCAAGGAAGAAGAGGCGUACAAGCGAGCUACCAUCAUCGCCGAUCCGAAUGGACGACCUGUCAAUGGACGACACACACCACCUCCCAAAGCAAGUGGCAGCCGUGCUCAAGGACGUACCAAACGACGCGAGAAAUCUGGUGUUCCGGCAUUGGACAAGUAUCUGUCUGAUGGUGGUGAUGAUGAGCCUGAGAUGACUGAGCCUGAGCGGGAUGAAGAAGAUGAGGACUGGGAUUUUGUCGAGGCUGGGGAUGGGGAAGACAGGAACGGCGCCAAGGGAACGAGUUUGUGGGCUCGUGGUGUGGUGGAUCGGUACAAACUCGCGGUGUUCCGCAAGGGGUCGACACCAAGUCAGCAGCGUUCGGUCUCCGGGAUGUCAAAAUCGUCUCAGGUAUCGGAGGGUGGUACUGGAGCCGAGUCCCCUUCUCCUUCUAGCCGCCGUGGUCGAGGCACCGGCUUGAACUUCCGCAAACAUCCCCGCCAAUUCCUCCGUCCCAAAGCCCCACCAUCGAGUUAUACGAAUUCGACGAGGUCGUUCUCUGCGACUGCUUCGAGUUCGCUUUCCGCUGCUGCUUCAAAAUCGAUGUCGAUGCCUACUGGAAGUGGAUUGUUGACCCCCGUGAACACGUCCAUGUUCUCGCCCUCCCUCAAGUCGAAGGAAUCGGCAGUCUCGAUGGACGCGAAGAGCAUGUCAUCGGAUUACUCUGGGAACGUGAUCUCGCCGACUACGCCAUCCGCGACGAAUGGUGGUCCUGAGCUUGGGUCGCCGCCAGCAGAGGGUGAGCAAGUGGAGAAGCCGCUCAAGAACAAGAAGUUGAAGAAGUACAAGAACAACGCGGAGAAGGUGUUUUCGUUGUUUUCUUCGAAUUCGCCUAAACCUCCCCCCGCGUCGGCUACGUCGUAA